UUGAGAGGAGAGAGUAGAAAGUUUAGCAGUAUUCUCUUAUCUUACACAUCAGGGUAAGAGGAUACUAAACUAUGGAGGUUAUCAGAGACAGAGUCAGAUUUGUUUUAUAGAGGGUUUUAUUCGCAUAGGUUUAGGCUUUUUGGAACUAUCUUUUUCUAACGUUUUCUCUCUUUUUAAAAAUUUGCAUCACCCACUGUUGAAAAUGGCUUGUUUCUUGGUUUGGAUUAACGCAAUUUGGAUUGUACUUUUUGCCAUGUUUGACGCGGCUUGUUCAAGCUAUUCUGAAGACCAGUGCAGCUGGAGAGGCAGUGGUUUAUCCCAGCAGCAGGGCAGCGUGGAGCAGAUCUCCCUCCACUGCUCUGAGGGCACACUGGACUGGCUGUAUCCCAAAGGGGCCCUGCGCCUCACCCUGUCACCCCGCCUGCCCUCUGUGGCGGUGGGACCCGGCGGCAGCAGCUCGGGCCUCAUCACGGCCUGCGUCAAGCCUUCUGAGCACUUCCACGGAGCCCAGCUCUACCUGGAGCGAGACGGCGUCCUCGAGCUCCUGAUAGGGGACCGUCUGGAGUCCUCUCCCCCACCGAGGGUUCGCUGCUUCAGUCGCCUGCCUGGCGAAAAGGUGGCUCUCUUCCUUCAAGCGACACCUCAUCAGGACAUCAGCAGGAGGAUCGCCUCCUUUCGAUACGAGCUGAGAGGGGACUGGACCGCUCGCCUGUCACUCGACUCCAACCCCAUCAGCAGUGAAGAGGCCUGCAGACCCUGCAACAACACUGAGAUUCUGAUGGCUGUUUGCACCAGUGACUUUGUUGUGCGAGGUAACAUCCGAUCAGUGGUGGAAGACGAUAACCUAAGAGCAGCGGUGAUCAAGGUCAGCGCCACCCGGGUGUUUCGUCAGAAGUACGCCCUGUUUACUGGCAACAGUCGCCUGAGCAGACGGGGGGAGGUCAGGACUCUGCUGCAGUGUGGCGUCAAGCCGGGGCCCGGCAGCUUUCUCUUCACUGGUCGGGUCCACUUUGGGGAGGCCUGGUUGGGCUGCGCGCCCCGCUACAAGGACUUCCAGCAGGCUUACACUAUAGCCAAAGCAGCCCAGCAGAUACCCUGUGAACUGCCCGUUGACUGAGUUAGAAAACUCGGCAGCAGCUCGUCUACUACCACUCAGAGGGGAGGCCGCACUCAGCCCUGUUCCAUGUUUUGGAAGAAGCCAUGGUGUCCCAACUGGUGGCCGAUGCAGCCAUGGCGCCACCAACGACUUCCCAAAGGCCUGAGGAGUGAAAUGGACUUUUCCCAACACCAUUUCAGUGCAAUAUGCAGUCACCGGGUCCGAAAGAACCUGGUGAAGUUGUGACAUGAGGGACAUGGUUUAAAUGAAGAAAAUAAGCAUUUGGCAUUAGACAGUUUUGACACUCAGGGAUGCCAUUAUGCAGGUUCAGAGAAAAUCUAUUGAAAAGCUUUCCUUUCGGGAUAAAUUAAGUCAAGUCAUUAAUUGUGGCCUAUUAAGAGUCCCUGCUUUGAAACUCAGGAACAGUUCUCUAGAAAGCUUACUGCCUUGGUAUCCCAGUGAGGAAAGAACUAAGGCACCUAUUUGUUCAGUGAAUGUCAGCUCAUGGGAAAGUAUUUUUUUGCUGGCUACCCCUGUACUGAGCUCAUCCUCAGUGUUACUAUUAUUAAAGAGAUUAUUAACAAAAAGUCCUUACAAAAUGAAAUGUAAAAAAAAAAAUUAUAUAUAUUUGCACUGAUAACGGAAAGGGAAUGAUCUGGAAAGUGUGAUGCUGCAAGCACUGGAAACCAAAUAAAAAGCAACUAUAUGUAGCAUAGCGGAGCAAUUAAGAAUUAUAAUAUAUGUACAGAUAACGUGAGCACGUACAGUAGUGACACAACGCCGAGGCUCCCUGAGCAGCUCAAACUAGUGCUGAGAGCACUUUCAUAUGCGAGCCAACUCUGAGAUUUUGCUUCUGUUCGGAGACGCAGGUUUUCAGGAGGCCUGUAUUACAGUUCAUUUGAGUAGCCAUGCAAUAUUUCUGCAAAACGGAACUAAUUGGACUGCAUUUUAUUUAACAAAAAUAAUUAUCCGAAAAUAUGUUGGAGUGGAAUUGCAGCAGUGUUGCCAAAGUGGUUAUAAAUUGUAUUGCUUCCAAGUCACUCUCUGCUCUCUGCUGAUGUCGUCACAUAUUAUCACACAAGAUAUUCAACUGUGUAUCAUCACUAAAACUGUCAACAACAGUCAUUUAUAACAUCAGUCCAGUGCUGUUAUGAGAUAUAACAAGGGGGAUAUGGAUAACACUGGACAAUGGCUCGCUCAAGAGAAACACAAAUAUAUACAUUCAGUGUUAAAAUGAUUCAUAUUUAAUGUGCACUAUAUCAACAAGGGGAGGUGUUCAUACCAAGUAUAAGUAUAUCUUAAAUGUAUACGCUGACAUUUUUGCCAUUUAUUUUGUAUGUACAUUUAUGUUAAUAACAAUGGGAAUGUAAAUAUGUUGAUAAGAAAUUCUAGAAACCACAGCAUAAAAAGAAGUCUGUAUAAAAAAAGCAUUGUAUUGUGGAUUAUAUUUGUGUUUGUCUGUGUUAUUAAAAUAUACUGUGAGAAAACACU